UAUCUAAGCUUAGAUCAUAAAAUAAUGACGGAAUGUUUUUUUUCUCUCUAAUCUCUACUUAAUUUUUUUUUUAAAUUUUCUUUUUGCUCCAAAAAAUAAUGGCAACAGACAAUUCGAAUUUUCUUUUACUAUGUUCUUCCAGUUCAUGUUGCUGUAAUAAGUUUUUAAUUCUAUUACUGUUAUUUUCAUGUCUAUUUGGCUACUCUUAUCCAUUAAAUGAUUACAAUACGUUCACUGUUUCAAGUUUUAGAUAUCCUAAAUCUAUAGUCAAGCCGUAUGAUUUGCGUUAUAUUAGAGUUGAAUUGCCUCUGUGGUUUUCGUCCGUGUCGAUUGCAGUGCAGUCGGAUGUGGAUCUUGAUUCUAGAAGCUUGUCAAAGGUUCCGCAAAGCAAUUUGCCGAUGAUAUGCAUUAGAGACGGCAGCCCUCCUUUGCCGGAUGUCUUAAACAGUUCUGUGAUUGAUUUAGGUCCUCUCUAUAAUGGAUCUUUUAAAGUUCCCGAUGGUCAUCAGAGUAUUCAGUGCUAUCCAAUGCAGAAGAAUAUGACUGUUAAGUUGACAAAUGAGCAGAUAUCUCCUGGAGUAUGGUAUCUUGGUAUUUUCAAUGGCAUUGGUCCUACGAGGACACAAUCGAAAAUGAUUGUUCGUAGCCCUGCAUACUCUUUCAGUGCAAAUGUCAGUGUGGAAGGAUGCACAACCUCGACAAUGUGGGGCCAAUACUGCAACCAGACAAUCGACACACUUUUAUGUUCUCUUUCUGAUAGUUAUAGUACUGCGGAAAAUAUUUCUGAUGCCAACUUUCAUACAAAUGAAAGUGUGGUUUCUUGCAAAAGUUUUGAGAAUUCAUGCCAUCGAGAAGAUGAAAUGAAAGUGUAUUCGCUGGAUGUAUUGGGGAUAGCAGAGCAGUUAAUGAUAAAUGCAGAAAAUGUCAGUUCCAGUACAACCCCUACAAAUAACACUCUCAAUGCUAGUGAAACUAAAUUAACUUAUUUUGUUCGGCAUGGGGCAAUGCCUACAAUAGCACAACAUGAUUAUUCUGGUGAAUUAAAUAACAUUCCUUUGGUUAUCCAUUCACCAAAAGUUGGACGUUGGUUUAUUGCUAUUUUACCGAAAGCACUUGGCGGAAGCCAAAGCCAUGGUACACAAGUCUGCUAUUCCAUUAUUUCGCAAGUGCUCCAAUGUCCACCGGGGAAGGCUGGAUUGAAUUGUACAUCAGAAAGCUACAUGCUUGAGACACUUCUCAGGAGAGAUUCCUCCCCUUUCGAAUCCUAUUAUUUGCCAAUUACUGGAAAAGUGUCUCCAGAUUCAGCUAAUUUUCCUAUUGGUCCCCUCGCAAGCAAUGCCUCAUAUGGUGGAGAACCUGAUAAUAUGUGGACUUACUUUCUCCUAAAUAUUCCUCGUGGUGCAGCUGGAGGAAACAUCCAUGUACGACUAACAUCAGAUAUGAAGAUACAUCAUGAGAUAUAUGCUAGAGUAGGCGGAUUGCCAUCUCUUGACAAUUAUGAUUACUAUUACGCAAAUAGAACAAGAAGCAGCGAAAGCUCUCCGUUUUUCUUGCUGUAUAAUUCAAGUGAAGAAAAGCUUGACUUUUACAUACUAUAUGUUCAAGAAGGAACUUGGACUUUUGGAUUGAGGCAUUUAAAUACCACAGUCAGUAGUCCAAAUAGCCAGACCGUCAUGUCUGUUUCUGUUGAGAGAUGCCCACAUCGAUGUUCCUCUCAUGGGGAAUGCAAAGUUGCUUUAGAUGCGAGUGGAUUGACAUCAUACAGCUUUUGCUCCUGUGAUCGAACUCACGGAGGUUUUGAUUGUAGUGUUCAAGUUGUCUCACAUCGAGGGCACAUACAACAAUCGAUUGCUCUUAUUGCAUCAAAUGCUGCCGCUAUACUUCCUGCUUAUUGGGCUCUUCGGAAAAAGGCAUUGGCGGAAUGGGUUUUAUUCACAUCUAGUGGAAUUUCAAGCGGAUUGUAUCAUGCAUGUGAUGUAGGCACCUGGUGUGCAUUAUCAUUCGGAGUCUUACAGUUCAUGGAUUUCUGGCUCUCCUUCAUGGCCGUGGUGAGUACUUUUGUUUACCUAACUACUAUCGAUGAAGCUCAUAAACGGACAAUUCAGACAGUGGUUGCCAUUCUCACAGCUUUGAUGGCUAUAACUAAGGCUACCAGGUAUGCCAUAAUUCAAGCAUGUGCGAUGCAUUAUGGGGGCAUAAUUAAAUUUAACAAUCCAAUCAUGAUAAAUUUUUGCAGGUCGUCAAAUAUUAUUCUUGUGAUGGCAAUUGGGGGACUUGGUCUUCUUAUCGGGUGGCUAAUAGAGUUCUCAACAAACUUUAGGUCAUUUUCAUUUCCGACGGAACUCUGUUCUAACAUGCCCGCCGGAUGGCAAAUCAUUAGAGGAUGGUUCAAAAAUUUAUUGAAGACACUCAUGAGGAGAUUUCGGUGGGGGUUUUUACUUGCCGGGUUUACUGCACUGGCCAUGGCAGCUAUAAGCUGGAAACUAGAAAGCAGUGAAAGCUACUGGAUAUGGCACAGCAUGUGGCACAUUACCAUAUACACAUCUUCCUUUUUCUUCCUCUGUUCAAAAGUAGAUCCUGUAAUUAUAGAGAACGAAAGACCUGCCGACGGAAACUAUGCGUUGACCCGACAAGAUUCAUUUUCCAGGCGUGUAUAAGAAGGGGACUGUGGAGUAGAGAAUUUUGUAAGAUUUAGCCUCUACUCCAAGAAAAUAAGCAGGUUCUCAGGCAUUUGUGCUGAAAUAAGGCUUCUUUGAUUGCAUCAACAGAACCAUUUCCGGCCAAGCCAUGGACUGUCGAUUAUUUCUGUUUGCUGAUCUCCAUUGUAUAGUCUAUAGAUAGGCUUAUAAGGCAGAGGAUGAUUAGAAAUUACACAAAAAAGUAUACGGACCGAAUCAAUCAUAAAUGGUAAAUGAGAUGUAAAUCCUUCUA